AUGCGAAACCAUUCAGGGAUAACAUUAUUCAUCCUGCGGGGACUGACAGAUGACCCUCAACUGCAGGUUCUACUUUUUAUCUUUCUGUUUUUCACCUAUUUAUUGAGUAUUAUUGGAAACUUGAUCAUCAUCACUCUCACCUUGGUAGAUCCUCACCUGAAAACACCCAUGUAUUUUUUCCUUCGAAAUUUUUCUUUAUUAGAACUCUCAUUCACAACUGUCUGUAUUCCCAGAUAUCUAUACAGCAUGUCAACUGGAGAUAAUACUGUAACUUAUAAUGCCUGUGCUACUCAACUAUUUUUUGGCAUACUCUUUGGAUCAACAGAACUUUUCCUUUUGUCUGCCAUGUCUUAUGAUCGCUAUGUGGCCAUCUGCAAACCCCUGCAUUACACAACCAUUAUGAAUAGUAAAGUCUGUUACCAGCUCAUCCUGAGCUCUUGGGUAGCUGGAUUGUUGAUCAUCCUCCCACCAUUAUGCAUGGGCCUCAGUUUGGAAUUCUGUGACUCCAAUGUCAUUGAUCAUUUUGGCUGUGAUGCAUCACCAAUUCUGAAGAUCUCAUGUUCUGAUACACAGCUUAUAGAAAAACUAGUUAUAAUCUGUGCUGUUUUGACACUCAUCAUCACCUUAAUCUUAGUGAUUCUAUCCUAUGCCUACAUUAUCAGGACUAUUCUGAGAUUCCCCUCUGCCCAACAAAGGAAAAAGGCCUUUUCCACCUGUUCCUCCCACAUGAUUGUUGUCUCCAUGACUUAUGGUACCUGCAUAUUUAUCUAUAUCAAGCCUCCUGGAAAGAAACAGCUUGAGUUGAAUAAGGCUGUAUCAGUACUUGUGACCUCAGUUGCCCCUGUGAUGAACCCUUUUAUUUACACUCUGAGGAACAAGCAAGUUGUACAAGCCUUUAAAGACUUUGUCAAAAGGCUCAUGCUAGUCACAAAAGUAUAG